AUGUCAAGGGUACAGGAGAUCAAGAAGAAACAGGAGAUACAGGCCAAGUUCCAAGUUGCUCUAGGCGAGUCGAGAAACGCUGCUGCUGGAUGGCUUGGGCUAUCGUCGGAUGCAGCUGAUGGUGAUGGUUCUAAUAAGCAAGAGUCAUCUGAGGACUUUCUAGACCUGCCGAUACUGUUAGAAGGCAAGGGACUGUCGCUGGAUGGACAGAGUACAAUAGGUGAAUUUAUAGCCACCGGUGUCAAGUCCAAGACUGUGAAGGGUGUGGAUCACAAGGGCGCGAUACACAAGGGUUCAUCAAGGGCACUCCAUGCGUUGAGGAAUCAGAUGAGAAAUAGCAGUAGGAGUGCUCAGCGGUCGAAAAGCACUAGACUGGCUGAUCGUCAGCCUGUGAAGAAGGCUAAACCACAUGGCCAUUCCAAGGGGCACCAGGAAGACUCUAGUGACAGUUCGGAUGAAGAAGUUGUAGUGAGGUCCAAUAAGAAGAAGGGCUACAAGUCUUUCCUAGAUAAAUGA